GUUCAACGAGCGUGUGUUCCGAGGCCGGAUCACGGUGGUCUAUACGACCAAUUUCGCGUGUAAAUUUCGACGAUCAUUUACGGCCGCGUGUACAAUUCGCGAAACUGUCAACCAGUGACAUUCAUCGGUCUCUAUCUCUUACGAUGCGUUCCACGAGCGAAAUCAAUCUCGACUGAGAAGUAUCGAAUUGCAAUUUCGAGGUUAUCCACCUUAAUCGAGAAUCGAUAUUUAUAGUAAUCUCGUCUCGAUGGUUUCGAAUCGCCUAUCGGUAAGUGCGAUACAAUAUGGUGGACUACAAUCGCGCACGAUGAUAACACGGAAAAUUAACCUAAAAUAUCGAUCGAAUCGAUCCGUACAUGACUAGGACUAAGUGUGCACGUGAAUUUCUCUGGUUGGAACGGCGUAUUAUUGUGUAUAAUAUUUUACGAGAAGUGUCAUCGAUUGAAAUUGUCUUCUGGAAUCGAUCGAAACAUGAUUAGUAACUAAUUUUGACGACAACGUUGUUCGGAUUUGUGACACAACUACAGUGUGCGCAUAUAUAUACGUCUACGUAUACAUGUGUGUAACCGUGUACGUGUGUGUGUUUACAUUGAAUCAGUGCUCGUUGGCAACAUCAUGAUCCGUCGACGUGAGUGCGAUCGAGUACUCUGGAGUGCUACCGAGGGUGUUUCUAGUGCGAGCUUCGGGGUUACCGUCUGCGUGUGGGUUUCGAGAUGCGUCCUGCGGUGCAUCACCCACGAGUAACUGCAAUUGGAGGCCGAUGUACCUGUAUAUAUACCGGUAACUUGGCCACGAGUGAGCGUAGUGUACCGACUAACCGCUGGAGUAAUUAAUCCGACGUAUGUGCGGACAGAUAUCCUUGUUUCUCUACGCAGAGUCAAUCACCGACUUCGAUUCAGAAUCUUCGUCGUUUGAUUAACAGCUUCAAAAGAUUAGAGUCUUGAUUAGAAUUCGCACGAUACGUUGAAGACGACAAUCGAUACUAAACAACUGGAAAAUACAAGUGUGAACGAUAAAAUUGAAAUCAUCGAUAAAUAAAUGCAUACAAAACGAUCGAUUAUUAUACAUACGCAAAGAAUAUGAAAGAAUGUUCGCGAACGUCGAUUGUUCCGAUUUCUUUACACGUGGCAAAUUCCAUCUAACCGAAAUGUCAACAUUGCCUGAAUAACAAAUGACAUCAUUGUGUACUGCGUAUCAUUAGCUAGAGGUUAAUUAGAAAAAAGAGAAAGGAUCAGUUUACAUCUAUUGAUAAAUUCGUCGAAACCGAUGAUACUACGUCGUAAAUUGAUAUUUCAUGUUGAUAAAUAUUUCCUGCGAAUUUGACCGUGUAAGUGUGUUUUUCAGAGGUUUACCGACUGAUCAUCGACCGCGUGGCUGCCAUAUUACCUGACGUCAGCUGCUUAACGCAAUCGAUUUGAAGUACAUAUCGAUUCAAAUAUCGAAUAACGCCAGUACAUUAUGCACAUUGUUUAAGUGACGUGUUCGAAACGAGUGUACGAUUUGGAAAUCAUCCGUUUACGAAAAUAAUUCUAUCCAUCGAGGUUGUGCAAUUGUGUAUCGGAAUACGGGCGUCACGUGGUUUUUCGUUGGAUAAAAAGUAUUCUUUAUUGACUUUUCUUUAAGUUGAUUAAUCGAAAAGUUUAGUCAGUGCUCAUUGGCAUCCAUGUUGGAAAGUUGCUAAACGUGCAUUUUGGCGGACGAAGUAAAUGAGCAACGCCGAUUAUUCGAAUAGAUAAUUAAUUAGGACCAAGUUGAGAAGAAGAUAUUCGUUCUGCAUAACCAAUCAUCGGUUCGAUAUCCUGAUCACCUUACAGUGUACAUGCAUCAUUCGAUUCGAUUCGAAAGGAACGUCUUAAUUAAUAAUCACGCGAACCCAUUGAAAUUCGUGUGCCGUUUCGCAUAUUAAAGAGGGCAAUUAAAGAAAAAAAGGGGAACCUGAGGGGAGAAAGGGCCAAAAACAGACCUUGGCAACUGUGAGUAGUGGAUUUGGUCUCAUCGUCUACUUUUUACCUCGUUUCGCGAACACCGAAAAAGAGUUCUCACGCCACACGCCACGAAAGGAACCUUAGACACGCACGCACGCACUCACUCUUCGAGGAUCAGAAAACUCGUGUCCUGGUGAUUUCAAUUGUUUCAUAGUUUUUUCAAUUCUCUUCAGUGGUCGGUUUUAAUCUUCCGUGGAAUUGCUACACAACGAUCGAGGACACCCGUCAACGACUCUGCUCGGGACUUAGCAACGGACGGAUACAGCGUGGAAAAAUUGCGCGUAGUCGGAGCUCGGAACUUGACGAUGGAGUGCCGCAAGGGUCGACGGAAAGGUCUACUCAGUGGCCUGGUGUUUGCGUGGCUGGUAACCAGCGGUUGUACCGUCGCGGCGCGAAAUAUAGGUAAAUCCCUUAUGGUUCUCCAUGAUGCUUGUGUUAACGAGAUUGCAACAGACACGGUAAUGUACGUGAUCCAAAUACGAAGCUCGACAGAUUGGAAGGAAAUUCGAGAUAGGUACGACACCGCGUACGCCUGCGAGGGGAAAACAUUGUGGAUCGAGUGCGGCGAGGGAAAGCUGAUCCAUCUUAUCAGAGCGAAUUACGGAAGGUUCUCGAUAACGAUAUGCAACGAGCACGGGAACACCGACUGGAGCGUCAAUUGUAUGUCGCCCAAAUCCUUCCGGGUGCUCAACAGCGAGUGCAACGACCAGCAGAACUGCAGCAUUGUUGCAUCGACGCUGCAAUUCGGCGAUCCCUGUCCCAACACGCACAAGUACCUCGAGGCGCAUUAUCGUUGCCUGUCCGCGGCAACGACCACGACAACGUCCCGUCCGAGUCCUCCGUGGUUCAUGACUUCUCAGCCGAGCGUUUGGAGCACGGCUAAGCCGACUGUCAGGCCUCCCUCGAGGAUUACGACACCCUCGGCUCAGCAACCGCCGCAGCCACCAGCACCGUCCACCCCGGCGCUUCCAAUAACCACCACUCCAAGUCCUACGUCGACGAGGUCGCCGCUCGAUAUGGAGGUCGAAGUGGACCAAGACUUAAUAUCUCCUGCCAAUGUUCCGUCUGCGAAUGCACCGGCGAUGCCUCCGAUCGUUCCCGAGACCACUCAAGCCACAACCACGUCGACCUUUGCCCCUUGGAGAACGAGUCGAAGGACCACUGUGCCGAGUACCUUAUACCCGGAGUCGAGCUCGAACGGGCAAUGGUACGACUACGGCAGACAAGUGUGUCCCCCGGUGAUAGCCAGGAACCUGUCGUGGAACACGACCAGGGCGGGCGAUGUCGCCGUUCAGAGUUGUCCAGGCGGUGCGAACGGUUUGGCGCGUUGGAGAUGUCUGGCCAGAGGAGACACGGCCUUCUGGCACAGGGACAGCCCGGAUCUGAGCGAGUGCCGCUCCGUUUGGCUCACCACGCUCGAGAACAGGGUGACGGAGGGCGACGUGAUCCUCGGGAUCAGCCGUGAACUGUCGCAGGUGACCAACAACAGCAGAGGGCUUUACGGUGGCGACAUGAUGAUCACGACCAAGAUCAUCAAGAACAUGGCGGAAAAGAUGGCGCAGGAUAUAAGAACGUAUCAGGACGCGAAUCAGAGGGAGGUGAGCGUGACCGAGCUGCUCCAAGGUGUCGUGAGGACGGGUAGCAACCUGCUGGACAAGGCGCAAAUGGCGUCCUGGAAGGAUCUGAGCCAUCAGGAGCAGAUGAGAGUCGCGACCUCUUUAUUGAUCGGGCUCGAGGAGAACGCGUUUUUGCUGGCCGACACGUUGAUGCACGAGAAAACGAUCACUCACGAGGGAAGGAACAUACUGAUGGAAGUGCGAGUGUUGGAUGCACGGAACAUCGGUGACGAUUUAGAGAUAUUCCCGACAGAGGCGGCUCAACAGAGGUGGACAGCCUCGAACGAUCGUGUCGAGUUAACUAGAGGAGCUUUGCUAGAGAACAGCGAGGGUGGCAUUGUCCGUUUGGUCUUCAUGGCCUUUGACAGGCUUGAGGAGAUCCUGCAGCCGCAAGCCGAGGUGUCAUCGUUGGUCAUGAACGACGAGCAGCAACCAUUACCGAAAAGGAACACGACCAGGCUUCUAAAUAGCAAAGUGAUCUCCGCGUCUUUAGGCAAAGGAAGGCAUAUUCAGCUUAACGAGCCUGUCAGAGUCUAUUUCAAGCAUCUAUCUAUAGAGAACGUUACCAAUCCGACUUGUGUAUUCUGGGAUUACAUUUUAAGCGCUUGGUCAGAGGAGGGUUGCGAAAUACGGAAAACCAACGAGACUCACACAGUGUGCGAGUGCAAUCAUCUUACAAAUUUUGCCGUUCUGAUGGACGUUCACGCCGUCAGAUUGGACAUAGCUCACCAGGUCGCGUUGCAAAUCAUCACCUACAUCGGCUGUAUCAUUUCCGUGGUUUGCCUGGUUCUAGCAAUUUUGACCUUUCAAUUAUUUCGCGGACUGAAGUCGGACAGAACGACCAUCCACAAGAAUCUCUGCGUGUGCCUGUUGAUCGCGGAAAUUUUAUUCGUUUGCGGAAUCGGGCAAACGAACCAGAGAAUUGUCUGCGGUAUCGUCGCUGGAUUAUUGCAUUUCUUUUUCCUUUGCGCAUUCGCCUGGAUGUUCCUCGAAGGAUUCCAAUUAUACGUGAUGCUGAUCGAGGUGUUCGAAGCGGAAAAAUCAAGGUUACGCUGGUAUUAUCUGAUCGCCUACGGUGCUCCAUUACUGGUCGUGGCUAUUUCUUGUAUAAUCGAUCCUCUCAGUUACGGAACCGAUCGAUAUUGCUGGCUACGAGCGGACAACUACUUCAUCUUCAGCUUCGUUGGACCAGUGAUACUCGUUAUAUUGGCGAACUUGGUAUUUCUUUCGAUGGCGAUUUAUAUGAUGUGCCGACACGCGAACACAACCGUAGCGAUGAAGAGUAAGGAGCACUCACGAUUGGCCAGCGCAAGUGGAAAGGAAGAGAAUGCUCUUCCCAACAAAUUGCAAGCGCACUUGGCAUGGCUGAGAGGAGCGAUCGUCCUUGUCUUUCUGCUGGGACUCACCUGGACCUUCGGCCUUCUCUACUUGAACCAAGAAUCCGUAGCGAUGGCGUACAUCUUCACCAUAUUGAAUAGCCUGCAGGGGCUGUUUAUCUUUGUGUUCCAUUGCGUUCAGAACGAGAAGGUGAGGAAGGAAUACAGGAAGUUCGUGCGCCGCCACUCCUGGUUGCCCAAGUGCCUCAGGUGCUCCAAGACGGUGGCCGGAAGCUCCGGUGGUUCUUCCGGUACCAGCGGCGGCGGUGGUGGCGCGAAUGGCGGCAAGGACUUCGGCUCUCACAACACCUCGUCGAAUCCGUCGGCGCCCACCACAGACAGCUCCGGAUUGUCGCCGCACGCCGCCUCCAAUUACUUGGCGUCCGGUCGAAGCUGGGCGAUUGUCGAUAGGCAGCCGGCAGUAACAGCGCCACGUGAAUCCUCUUCGACAGAGGCUCACAUCGUGGCGACCCUGCCUUACGCCCGUCACGCCUUCUUACCCUCAGCUCCCAAUAUCCCCAAAUCUGCCACCGCCACUUGGGGCCACCUUAACAAAAACCUCAUGUGGAAGAACAUUUCUUUUAAAUCGUAUUCCCGGGACUCCGGGCACGGCGGUUCCGAGCAGGAAGACUCGCCCAGGACGCACAACACGAUGACCCUGGGCCACUCCGGGCGGAACCGCGGCGCGAGGGGGAUCAACGAGGGGAACGAGAUGAGCGGCAACAGGACGACCGGCGGCGGCGGGGGCGGCAGGCGAGCCGCGUUGCCUUACAAGCACAAAUACACGGAGAUAAUCGACGGGCGCGUGAACGGGCCGAGCCAUCAUCAGCUGCACGCCCACCACGGCCAGCACGUGCACCUGCCGCGGGACCUGGCCAACGAGGACGAGCCCGUUUACGAGGAGAUCGAGAGGGGAGGUGGGGGAGGUGGGGGCGGCGAGAUCCAAGUCUCAGACAUGUCCGACGAGGAUGGCAGGAGGCAGAGCGACAUGAGCAGGCAAUCGUCGAGAAGUUACGGCGAUCACAGGCCGUUGAUCCCUUACUCGCCCGCCACAGAUAGAAAUCUAAUGCAUUACGGGCAAACGCUGACGGAUCGCGGGGGCGGAGGAGGGAAUAUCCAUUGUGACGAGUACAGCCCCGCGUUCGAGAGGACACUCAACACUUGUUGGGAGAAGCUGAGAAAACAGCAGGCAUGGUACGAGAGGGGCGAGCUGCCCCGGCUUCCGGCCAGUUACGGUAUACCGCCUCAGCCGGAUCACACGAGAACAGUCGCGGUUCUGGACGGGCACACGGUCGUCUGUCAUCUGCAGCCGCAGACGGACAUGUAUACCGGCCGCGGGAUGCCACCCCCUUCGUACAGCGAGUGUUAGGACGGCCCCCGGUGGCGCCGUCCCGUCGUCCUCCUCCUCGUCUUCCUGCACGAGGGAUGAUGGAUAAGCUUUCUCGCUCUCGAGGCGACGCCGUUUUCGUGGCAAUCGGGGAACGAUCGAUGGAACACGAUCGUGCGCUUCUUCGUUACUCUUCGAGGAUCGGGUCUCUCGCGACACGUGCGUUCCGAGCAGGGAUCGUCGAUCCCUCUUUGAUCAACGGUGCUUCGUUCCUGAUACGAACAAAGGUCCACGAUACGAUCGACGCGUCUCUCUACCGCGUUCAGCACGGAUGAACGAGAAUCGCGAACGAGUUUCUAGCUCAAACUUAAAACGCGACUCUGGUUGCCGCGUUUCUUAGCCAUAAGCGGGCACGGCCCUCGCCGGCCGUUCUCGACUCUCCUUUGUUUCUGUUUCCGUUUAUAUAUAUAUAUUUUUUUUCCUUUUCGAGAAUUGCGUGCACCCGCGUGGCGGAAGUCCACGCCAACGGACGUGUCUGUCGUCUCCAGUUCGUGCGAGUGUGUGACGAAAAAAAAACGCCGAGGAUCUGUGUACGAUAGUGUGAAUUAUUACGGAAAAAAAGAAGAAAAAAGAAAAAAGAAAAAAAAAAAAGAACAAUCACGAACAUCUUGUUGAAGUUAAUCGAUAAUCGUCGUUGUACCGUCGUUGAAGCUGUGCUCGGGCUUUGGAAUUGGCUCAUUGACGCGGAUACGAUGUCGUACGGAGAACGAUAAAACGUGACGAGUCCUCUUCUAGGUAUACUUAAGAUUCUGUUUACAGGGAACGCUUACAGAGCUCGAGGUUUCGAGGUGUACGGAUUGUCAAUGAUUCGUACGAGAUGAUCGUUUAACGCUCGUAAUAAUGUUGGAGAUUAAUUAUUUUCCUUCCGUUCUUCAGGAUGUUGUUCCCGUUCGUUAUCGAUUAUUAUUCCUCGAAGCCUGUCCUCCGUACGCGUUUACGUAAGAUCGAGGUGAAAUUUCUUCCUCGAUGAUCUCGUCGAUGCUGGCUACGCUCGUUAACGAAGAAAAAAAAAAAAAGAAAAACGAUUCGAGAAUAAUAAUAAUGAGACAUAUCGAGAUCGAUGAGAAUGUUUGCGGAUACACGAGGGCGGGGGGGAAAAAAUCGUUCGUUAACGGGUCGUUCGAUCGAGAGAGGGAGAAUUCGAUUUGGAUCCCCGGAAGGGAAUCAACGACGACACGAUAAAGGAAUCUGAAGCCAAUGUUUCCUUUCGAACGUCUCGACUUUCAUCGAACCGGGGGAUAGGGAGGGGGGAGGGACAGCGUUCGAUGACAUAUCGCGGAAUUGCUGAUCGAUAUCGACCUCGCCAUACGAAGAAAACUAAAGUUAAACUUAAAAAUAAUCGAUCGACGCUUACUUCGAUUAAUCAUUAUCGCGUUACAUUAGUGAUCGUAUCGUAGAGUUACUUCUAAAGUCGCCAGAUUUAGCUUUCGUGAAAAUUUCUGCGACACGAUCUGCUUCGGAAGGUAACGAUUUAUUCGUGAGAUUGUAAAAAAGAAAAAAAGAAAAGAAAAUCUUCGAGUUCGAGAGACAGAAGGAAAGAAAAGGAAAAAAAAGAAAGAAAGAACGGAAAGGAAUGUUCAUUUUAAACGAGUAAGGAAGAUUGUAGUUUAACGUUAACCGCGGUUGAGAAAAAAAAAAAAAGUACCUUUAUCGGUCGUCCCAGCCAGCUCCUCACUGUACAUUGCUUUGGAACGUUACGUUUUAGUCCCAGAAUGUUAUUUUUAUAAAUAAAAAAAAUGAUAUAUAUAUAUAUAAAUGUAUAUGUAUGUAUACAGUAACGAUAUUAUAUAUAUAUACAUAAACAAAAAAAAAAAUACGAGAGAGAAAAGUGGGCGAGAGUUGUACGAAACAAGUAUAUAUAUAUAAAUAUAUAUAUAUAUAUAUUAUAUAUAUAGUGAUACAAAGCGAUUUUCCGAGCGACAUGGAAAAAGCGGAAAAAAAAACUUAGUCACUGUUUUUUACUAUUUUUUAAAGAACAAAAAGGUAUAUGUCGUAAUCGCGUAAUCUAAUGUGUAACUAAGGGAACCCGCGCGCUAUUUAUUUUUUAUCAUCCGUGAGUGUUAUCUAAUGUGUAAUUAGCAACUCGUGUUGAGAUCCGACGAUCCGAUGAUCAGCGAACAACGCUCGAACGAAAUACGAAAUUCGAGACGUAUCGAGAUGAUCGAUCGGGGAUGAACUCGCUGUCAUUCGAUCAUCGAAUCGAAAGGGGCGAAAUUUUGUGCUUGCAAAGAAGAUCCAUCGUCGACAAACGGAAGCGUUGAUAUCAGCCGCGACGAACGUCGAGCUCUCUCGACGCGCCAUUUUUGGCUCGAUGUUCGUCUCGAACCGAUAUAACAGGAGAAAGAUAUGUUGGGUUAACUAACUAACUAACUGCAAAGAGACAAGGUUCUUCUUUUUCCAAGCUUUUGUUUCUUUUUAUUUUAUUUUUAUUUUUCUUUUUAAUCGUAUCAUGGCCCUUCGUACGCCAAAUAUGAGAAAAUUUGUUAAAUCGUAAAACGUCCUUUAAAUCGAGGUUAAAGCGUUCGAAUUUCCGUUUCCUGUUCAAAGGAAUACGCGAAUACAGUGAAUUCAAUAUAUUCUUUCUCUCGGUUCUUUUUUUUUUCCUUUUUUCUUUUUUUUUUUUACAUAUCAUUUCCUUUUUUUUUUUUUUUUUUUUUUCUUUAAUUUAUUUCUCUGCUCAGCCGGGCCGGCCGUGAUCCUUCUCUCCGGCAAAUCGUACGUUAAGGCGAAAAUAAGUCUAUAGGCGAAUUAUAAAUAGCGAUAAUCAGCGUUUAAGGGUACCAGCGUAGCUAAUGCUAAGCGUUACGAACGUUUCCUCCGACUUCUAUGAAACGUAAAUUGCUCAUUCUUGAUAUCGCGAGAACCCAUUCGCGCAGUUAUCUUGGUUUUUCCAGUUUUUAGAGAUCCUUCGCACAACGCGUAGUUUGAGAUGACAAGCGCAUCCGGAAACCGUUUCUGUCCACGAUGUUAAAGGUAGAACGAAAAUACAUCGAGUAUGUAAAUAUUAAUGUAUCAUUUCCAUUUUGCCACGAAAUUCUAACGUCUCGUUUCGUUUAUUCACGUCAAGCGAAUAAAACCAGAAGUUUGUACUCGGUCGCUCGCCAUUCGAAACCAUCAUCCGAACAGUGUCGCGUCACACAAAAAGAGAAUCGAAUUUUUGGUAUCUUAUACAUUUUACUUUUUCUUUCUUUUUUUUUUUUUUUUUUUUUCGUUCCACUUUUACAUUCCUUCGUCGUCACGAUAAGGAAACAACAACCGAGCGAGAUAUCUUUUUCAGUCAAUUACAGAGCAACGCACCAAGUGUUAAAGUUGAUCGGGUAUCGUCGUAUCGAGUCUUCGAGAUUUCGCGUCGUUUAAUCAAAAUAAUAAUAACUAACUCUAUGCGAUUUCACAGAAGAUUUCUUACAAGAAUCACGAUACGAAGUCGUGAAUUUGAACCAUUCGAUAUACGUUGAAGCCUUCGUGCGUCGUUCGUUAAAUGUUUUUAACCGUGAGAGACACGACGAUACGAUACGCGGCGACAUUCCGAGUGAUCGAUAUAUAACUCGGUUAAAAUUUCGUUUCGUUCAACUCUGAACGAACGCGUGGAUCACACAAGCCGUUGCAAUAAAUUUUCGUUUCCUUCCUUGUGUCGUCGCGUCUCGAAUCCUGCGCCUCUGUCCGCCGUGCGACAGAGUUUAUAGAUUCUAUGAAUUUUGUACGAGCGAAAGGUCUUGCCCAUGGAACGAGUACCACUACCGGAUAAUGUAUCGUAAACGCAGCCACAUUCCAUCCGUUCGACUUGUAAUCGAAAGAGACGAAAGGGGAUAAAUGGGAAGGUGUACUACGAGCCAAGUAGACGGGAACAAUCUCGAGCGCAUUUGUGCCUGGACGAAUAGGCAAUCGAUUUACGAAUUUGCGUAAUUGCGUUGUACCGUUCUUUUUUUUUUGUUUUUCUCUCUCUCCUUCGUUUUAUUCUUCCUUCUUUCGUUUUUUUUUUCUUGCAUUGACAACGUAACCGGCGUAACCGGCGGGCCAUAUUGAAAAAAAGAAAAGGGAAAGAGAACGCACCGGUUUGAGGAUUUGUUGCGUGCGAAAGGGGAGAGGGAGUGUGUGAGAAAGAGAGCGAGAAACAUUAUCAUUGGAAAAAUCUCGAAAUGAGGUGUACAUAAUGUAAAUAGGGCUUUGUACAUGUUGAACACGUUGUAAUGUAAAUGGGAAAAAAGAAAAAAAAGAGAAAAGUGCGGUGAAGAAAAGUGCGAAAGAGAGAAUUGUGUGUGCAUGAGGAAAUGAUGAGAAAGAGAGGUUGAAAAAAAAAAAAGAACGAGAGGCGACCGAGACGAUCGAUGUGAAAACAGAAAAGAAUACACUAGAUAAGACAAGUUAUUAGUAAGUAGUGGAUAUUACAGUGACUAUUAUCGUGAUGGCGGAUGCGUGAGGCGGUUUAACUUAAGUCCCAAGCGUAAUUAGUUAAUGUGUAAAUAAAUUAAGCGAGGAAGUAAAAGAAACAAAAAAAAUAAUAAUAAUAACAAUAUUAAAUGAGAGCCC